UGCAGUUAAAGUGAGCCAGGACUCACACAGCACAGUAAAACUAAAACUGUUUGUCAAAUGAUCUUCUUUCAGUAUUUCAUUUUAUUGAGACGAACGGAAAUCCCAGUACAAAUUAGUAUAGCUAAUAUUAAUAUUUAUUCCUGGUGAACACACUGGAGAUGGUGGCUGCAGAAAGAGCUGGUGCCUAUAAAUCAUUUAUUGUGACACUGAAUCUAAUUGCAUGGAUGGUUCUGAUAGCAGCUGCAGGAUUAGGAACCAUUCAUUUCCAUGAGUGUCCAGUCCAGCCUCACAUCCCCACCUAUCUGAUUAUGAUCGGAGUAUGUGGUGUCAUUUCACUGAUGCUGGCCUACCUGAAGAACACCCUGCAUGAAGGAACCCUGAGUCAGCUCUGCACCGUCAGCAUUUUUGGCAUCCUCCUCUUCAGCAUCGGUUGGAUGCUUACAGGAACCUUCUGGGUUUACUCCAUAUAUCCGCCAAACUAUGAUUCUUCGAAUGUGAGACACUACUGUCAGAGGACCCUUUACCUGUUUGCAUUUUGGCUCAACAACUUGUGCUUUUUGUGUGUGUUCAUAGUGUUUACCUGCUGCGUAUCUUAUCUCCUGUACAAAUGCGUUAUGGUGGCAUUCCGUCCAUAA